GCUUGCACGGCUCAGUGGCAGAGAUACCGCGCCGGUAUAUGAGCGCGCGGCGGCCGCGGUCGCCACUGAUUACUGCAACGCGCCGCCGUCGGAGCCGUGUCUGUUCUCUUGACCUUUUUCUCAAUUGCCAACUACAUUAAAUGGACGUGUCGGGCGUGCUGGACGUGAUGGGCGGCUCGAGCGAGCUGGAGCUGCUGGCGCGGCACGCCGUCGACUCGGACGACCCGUGCGCCACACACGACCACGCCAUGGUGUUCCACUCGUGCGUGUGUGCUGAGAUCUUGUUCAAUGGGUGGAAAACUACAAACGAGCUGCAGCUGUUUGGGUCGGCGGUGGCCAUAUUCGUGGCGUCCGUGCUGUACGAGGGCUUCAAAUACUGGCGCGAAACACUGCCGAGCCCCGCGGCCAAACCGAUCUCCGACUCGCGACAGAACAUCGCCAAGGGUGACUCUGCGAUGAGCUCGUUCAGGGCGGCGGCGCUGUCGGGGGCGCAUGCGCUGCAGACGGCGCUGCACGCGCUGCAGUCGACGCUGAGCUACCUGCUGAUGCUGGUGUUCAUGACGUACAACGUGUGGCUCUGUCUGGCUGUCGUGCUCGGCCUCACGCUCGGCUACUUCCUCUUCGGCUGGCGGCGGAACUCCCUCAACGACCCCAACGAGCACUGCCAGUGACCGGACGCGACUUAGGAUAAUAUUGUUAUAUUUAUGUUUAUAUACAUUUCCGAAUACUCAAUUACAAAACUUAUAAAAAUACCUACGAAUUUUCUUAUAAACUUCACAUAGGAAACUCA